ACAGAUGAAGACCUGGUGUGGUGUCAUUACUUGAAAGCCUAUUAUCCCUUUAAGGCGUUAAACAAUUCAAUUUUCAUUAGAGUUCUUUUACAAAACACAGAGGGUUUAAUAAUCUCAUUUUAAUGUAUGAGUCAGUUCCUGCAGAGAGGCUGCUGUGCUUAAAGGAACAGUUACACAUUUUCUCUGACAUGCUGAUUCGCUUCCGUGCAGAGAGUUUUGUGAUAAUGGAUAUUCCCAUACAGCGUUAUUAUUAAGUGAUAUUAAUCAAACUUUCUUGACUGUACAACACAAAUACAGUUAUUAUUGUCAGUAUUGUGUCUCCCUUUUUGCUGAUAAUAUAGAAUACAGUACUAGCUUUUCUUUAUAAAUUUAUAGUGUAUUCUCAAUACAGGAUCACCUUAGCUUUUGAUAUAUUUAAAAAUAUGCCUGUGGGUGUUUACAGUUAAAUGUGUUCAAAUCAAUAUUGUUAUGAUUCAUAAAUGUAAAAUUAAGACUUAAACUGUGUGUGCAGAAAUGAUAAAUGGUUGUUGCGUAAAACUAAAGGGCAUUAUGGUAACAUGUAAAUUCAAUUAUAGCAACUUUUUUAAAAAAAAUCCAUAAUGACACAAGCUAAAUAUUGUACCAACAGUGUACUUUUUUAUUUUUUAUGGUGUGAUAAUGGUUAUGAAUACAUGUUAAAACCAAUUUAUAAAACAUAAAACCAAUGAAAAGCAGCUGAAGCUUGAUACAUGUUGAUUGUAUGUUGUUGAGUCAGGAAGAGCACACAGUUUUUUCAUGUACUGUAUGUUUGACAUCUAUCAUACAGACAGUAUAUCACUGAGUCACUGAGAAGAAAAGAAUAAUCAAAACUGAAUAAAUUCACAUAAACAACAUACAAUCUUUGCAAAUGCAUGUAAAACAACAGCCAAAUGCUGCAUUUCACUGUAAGAGACCAAAGAAUAUAAGGCUUCCAAUCAUUUAGUGUUUUUUUAGCAGAAAAAUAUUGGGGUAAAUGUCGGACAAAAUCUUUUUUUUUAAAUCAACAAUGAAUUAAAUGACUCUUAUGUGAAGGGAAAAUCUUGUAUCUUCAAGGUAUGUCGCCCAACUCUGUACCUUUUGAGCAUUUUACUGUACUUCGGAUCAUUGUUUUUGGUUUCCUGUCUGUAACUCUUCAUUCGUUAGUGUCGUUCCUAGCUUUUUGUGAGCGGAAAGAGUGUGAUAAACUGCCUCACUGACACCAAAAUAGAGCCUUUAGCAACUGAAGAGCCAAGUGUUUUCCUCAAGAGUUGGUGGAGACCAAAAACAGAGCUGAAAGAAGAGUCAAAAUUGCCAUUUUGGACUUGCAUUCACCAAGUUACCUACUAUUAAUUCUAAUAUUGCUCAGUGUCUUGGGUAUGUAUAGCAAACUACAGAUAACUACAUAUAUUUUUAUUCUUCACAUCCUAUAUGUGUACCCUGUUUUCACCUUAUGCAGCAGAAGAUAAAGUGUUGUAUAGAAGAUGAAUGGAUGGAUGUACAUUAAGCGACAUAACUUCCUGCUUUAUAAGACGACAUUGAUCAGUGUUCAUUAAACCUGUUUUUCUUAUUUAAAAGUAAUAAUUUGUACUCUACUGCCAGUCUUCCUGUCCAGAAACAACCUAACAUUAUAUGUCAUGUUUCAAUACGAGUAUGGAAAUGAUUUUCAUUUUAAAGUUAUAAUUUAGCCCUGCUAAAUUGCAGCGGAAAUUGUCGUAAAGUCUGCUUAUUUGCAUCAUCAGAAAAAUGCAUGACUGAGUAAGAAACCCACCCAGUGCAUUUAGUGUUGGCCUCUCACUGUGAAAGUAAUUACACUGGAGAUCAGGUAUGCAUGUGACAUUUCAGUAAAAGCAUAGAAACGUAACUCGCUCACCACCCUCUGGAGCACAACUCAUCACUGAGUUUGUAUUCACAGAUGGCAGAACUACUCAACUUCCUGAGGUCAGAUUGUAUGUUUUUCUACAGGUUUGUAUCUUGAACUGCAACCUGUGUCCUGAGCAGCGUAUACACCAAACACAAUUUGCGAUAAUGCCUUAAAAUUCAGAAUGAAGACUGUGAAAUCCUGAAGAAAAGACAAAAAAAAACAAACCCAAACACCAGUGAAGUCACGGCAAAGAUAAACUGUUCACCUGGGUUCCACACUCUCCAUAUCCAAAUCUUAUUGAGCAUCUGUGGGAUGUGACUGGAUAAGAAAGUUUGGGUAGGUCCCAACCUGCCAUCCACAGAAUUCAGUGCCACAAUCCUGGUGCCACAGAGCAUUUCCAGAGGUCCCCACUGGGUCAGAGGAGUUUUAGCAGCAUAAAGGGCACCAACACAAUAUUAGACAGGAGGUCAUAAUGUUUGCCUGAUCGGUGUAUAUGCAUAUACUGUAUAUCAUGAUAGAAGUAGUCAGACUGUCUGAUAACGUCUCAUCACUACUGAUAAAUAACUUCGUUCAGGAUAUUGUGGUUGCAGAGGAUUCUUAUCUAGAACAUACUGAUCAGUGUGGCUAUAUUUCUGAGAUUGCCAAGUGCAGAAUGCAUUUUAGCAAUGUCCUUUUCAGUUUUUUCAAUGGGAAAUUUAAGCAUUUUUGUUUUCUUUCUGCAGAUGUUACAAUUUGUACACAUGUAGUGGAAUGCAAGUGACUAGAAAACUAAAGGUACAAAUCAACCAUACAAAACAACCAAAGAACAACAACGAAAAAAAUCUGAAUGAAUUAAAUAGCAAUUGUCUGACUGCGGAAAAUGCAGCAUUAAAAGAAAAAAAAAACAAUGAAUGACAAACGGUAGACUGACACAGCUCACAAAGGAGGGAGGCACUGACGUCAGCUAAGACCUAGCAGGUAUUUACCAACCCCUAUCAACACCAUAGACUUGGAAGUCGGCCCAGCUUUAGUGGUAAGUAAAAUAUUUCAUUUCAAAACUCAUUACCUGCUACAAAUUUCUAUUUACAAAGAGGCUCAAACCUGUUGGCCUCAUUGAUCUUUAUCAUGACUGACAUUUUGACUUGUAUGGAAGGCUGACGUCUGCUUCAGUGAGGUCCUGAUUGUGCAUGCUGGUUCACUGUCAGGGUUUACUGGGACAUUUUUUUGGAUGUUAUUGGUGCAACUGUGCUGUAAUAAGUUAGAACAGCAGCUGUGGAAGAUUUGGUUUGGAUUUUAUGAUAACUGUUGAAUAUAGAGCUAAUAAUUAUUAAUUUAUUUCACUUUUCACAAGGCACAGCCACAGAAGUAGGUUAGUUUUAGGCUGUGCAAUUGCAAAUGUAUCAUAUUGAGUGUCUCUAUUGGACUUGCUUUUGUAUUCCCAAAAGUUAUAUUAUAUCCAAAAUGAAAGAAAGAAUGAAAAGAAAAAAAAUGCUGAAGUCUGAAUAAAUACUUUUACAAAAUGUAACUGAUGUGUGUCCGAUCCUCUUCAGAUGGUCCCAGUGCUCCUGAACAAAGCCGUGGCCACAGUGUUUGUGCUGAGCUCCAUAUGUGCCGUGCUGCUGCAGGGCCAGAAGCCGGGUCAGGUGGACCCACUGACGGUCCCCCGAGCCAACCCGCAGUGCUGGGACUCCUCCUCGGCGCUGCUGCUGGAAAUGCGCUCCCCGAGAAUCGCUGACACGGUGCCCGCAUUCUGGGAAAUGAUGGAGACCCUCAGGUCGUCGGACAACGACAAACACACGACGCUGUUCUGGGAUCUGGCCCGGGUCUUCUGGAACAUGUACUUGGACUGCGUCCUGUCCAGGAGUCACGGCUUGGGGCGGAGACACAUCACGGCGGUGCACUCCCUCACCGACAAGUCCUUCAGGUUCGACAGCUCAGGAGGGAACUUCAGGACGUGGCUCAGUGUCAGAGUGAGACGCAGGGGACACAUAAAGACCCUGGACACCAAACCAAAAUAAAACACUCACUGCAACAAAGAAUUAAGGAUAGCCUUUAUCGAUAUUUUCUUGGCUACUGGAAAACUAUAUUUCAUUAUAUAAAUAGACGCAAAUAAAGGAUACCUCAGAUUUUAAACAGUUUUGCUAAUCUUAUAAUUGACAUACUUUUUAUAUUAGGACACCUUCAGCUUUAUUAUAACAAUUUCAUUGAGAACUCUUCCCUAAGAAAACAGCAGGUUUUAGUUAACUGUUAAUUACUACCCAUUUUAUAAAAUUUGCAGUUUGCUGACAUGGCACAAACAACUGGAUUGUUGCUAUGGUUACAGAGAGUUUGGCACAUCUGGUUCCAACAAGAUGUGAACUAGUGUGCUCUUAUGUUUCAUUUUUACAUGAGGAUGUGAGUCGAGCCAAGUUUUUAUUCAAUUUAAACGUGAUUAUUGUUGUGUUAUAAUGUACAGACAGUAGAUGAUUCCUGUGAAAAAAAGAAUGUUUGUUUGUUAAUUUGAAUUACAAUAAAUGCAUAUAUCAUA